AUGCACCUGCUUUGGGCCUUUCUUUUCUGGCUCUCUCUUACCAAUGGCCUCCGUGCAAACUGUCCAGGACGAUGCAGCUGUGAUUCUACACAGUCUGUGCAAUGCUACAGGCUCAUGGAAAUCCCAUCAGGUAUUCCUUCCACCACCAAGAGACUCUACAUUAGCCACAGCAGGAUUCAGCACCUUCAGCUAUCCAACUUCACUGGACUGUUGGCUCUGGAAGAUUUUAUUCUGUUGGCCAGUGGAACAGAGUCUAUUGAAAAUGACACCUUCAAAACUCUGAGUACAUUAAAGACCCUAGAACUUUGGAAAAAUAAAUUGAGACGAGUCCCCAGUGCUCUCCCAGCCAACCUUGAGGUGUUAAAAUUAAAUGAUAAUUUGAUAUGUGCUUUAUAUGGAUCAGAUUUUGAAGGACUGAAGAAGUUAAAAGUCCUUGAACUUAGAAACAACUUGAUCUCAUCGCUGUCUCCCAGCAUGCUCUCCUCCCUUAUCAGUUUACAAAGUUUGAUGGUGGACGGUAACAACAUAGAGUCCGUGGACGGACCUCUGAACCUUCCGCAUCUCAAGUACAUGAGCAUGGAGAACAACAAACUCCACCUUAUACCAGGGAAUGUCUUCACUUCUCUACAGGACUUGCAGUUCCUCAGUUUCAGUGGUAACUUUCUGACUAAAAUUCCUAUAAAUCUACCCAAAUCCUUGCUAUCUUUAAAGAUGGAGAGAAACCAGCUCAAAGUGGCUAGGUUUCGAGAUAUGAGACACUUGGAGAACCUGUCCCAUCUUUACCUGUCACAGAACUUCCUGUCUUCCAUUGAUGGGGCACAGCUGCUGACCAAUUUAACUACUCUGGAGGUUUCCCAAAACCGGCUUCAAAUGUUGCCCCCCAGGCUGCCAUCAAGGUUACAGAAGCUUGACUGUAGCAGUAACUUCAUUCAGAGAGUGACAGCACCAGAAUUCCAGGACCUCCGAGACCUGAAACAUCUGUUUCUAGACAACAAUGUUGUCAGUUUGUUCGAGGCCGGGGCUCUUCAGAGGUGUUCUCAGCUGUCCAACCUGGCCCUGGAACAGAAUCUGCUAUUGUCCAUCCCUCUGAGGCUCCCGAAAACCCUGGCCAGGCUGGACCUCAAGGGCAAUGCCAUCCAGGACAUGGCUGAAAGGGAGCUCAGGGACCUCAAACAACUCCAGGUCCUCAACCUAAGGAACAACAAGAUCUCUGCCUUAGACCUCAAGGCCUUGGAGGGGCUGCCUCGGCUCAGGCAUCUGUACCUGGAUGGGAAUCCCUGGAACUGCACCUGCAGUCUCCUACGAGCCAGGGAAGUCCUGAAGGCCAAGGGCACGGACGUGAAAGGGGGGCAGUGUGCAGCCCCAGCAGAGCGCCUCGGGGAGAGCUGGAUGUCCUCCAAGAAGAUCCUGAGGCAGUGCGAGCACCAUUUACAGCAGAAUGAGAAAAGCAAAGAGACUAAGAAGAAACCAAAACCGGACGACUCUUCCAGCAGUAGACUCGGCACGGAUGACGACGACGAAGAUUACGAAAUAGAUUAG